GUCAUUGUCAAGUUGGCAUUUGGCAGUGAAGCGAAAGGAAGCUAUUAUUUUCUUCGUAUUUAUUAUUUUAUUUUAUCCGCGUAGAAAUAGUGACAGUAUUUAAGUUUUAUCCGCUUAUAGUUUGUAUCUCCAACAUAGAAUUGUAUAACUGCAUAAUCAAAAUGCCUUAAACUGGAUAAAAUGCUUCUCGGUGACAUCGAGCUAACCAAACGCUUGUUAGUGAUUGCUGUCGUUCUCGGCAUUAUUUUGGUUUUGAAAGAAUACGUAUUUGUUUAUCCACUAUGACUCAACAUAAAGUAGCUUAUUUUUAUAACGCGGACGUGGGGAACUUCCACUAUGGGCCCGGGCACCCCAUGAAACCGCAUCGGUUGUCGGUGACUCAUAGUUUAGUGCUGAAUUAUGGCCUGCAUAAAAAGAUGCAGAUAUACAAACCGUAUAGAGCGAGCGCCCAUGACAUGUGCCGCUUCCACAGCGAGGAUUAUAUUGAAUUCCUGCAAAAUGUGACUCCGCAGAAUAUACAAAGUUAUUCCAAAGACCUACUGCACUACAAUGUAGGUGAUGACUGUCCCGUGUUUGAAGGGCUGUUUGAUUUCUGCUCGAUGUACACGGGGGCUUCACUAGAGGGCGCCAUGAAGCUCAACAAUAAUGCCUGUGAUAUUGCCAUCAACUGGUCUGGAGGUCUACAUCAUGCUAAGAAGUUUGAGCCUUCUGGUUUCUGCUAUGUAAAUGACAUAGUAAUAGCAAUCCUAGAAUUACUGAAAUACCACCCGAGGGUGUUAUACAUAGACAUUGACGUCCACCACGGAGACGGUGUGCAAGAAGCCUUCUACCUGACUGACAGAGUGAUGACGGUCAGUUUCCAUAAGUACGGGAACUACUUCUUCCCAGGAACUGGAGACAUGUAUGAGAUUGGAGCUGAAAGUGGAAGGUACUAUUCUGUUAAUGUGCCGCUAAAGGAAGGGAUUGAUGACCAGAGUUAUGUUCAGGUUUUCAAACCAGUGAUAUCCAAUGUGAUGGAGUUCUACCGUCCAACGGCGAUAGUGUUACAAUGCGGCGCCGACUCGCUGGCGGGUGACAGGCUCGGGUGCUUCUCGCUGUCCACGCGGGGCCACGGAGAGUGCGUCAAGUUCGUCAAGAACUUAAAUGUACCCACUUUGGUUGUGGGAGGGGGAGGCUACACGUUAAGGAAUGUGGCGCGGUGCUGGACGUAUGAAACGUCGCUCCUGGUCGAUGAGAAUAUAUCAAAUGAGUUGCCCUACACGGAGUAUUUGGAGUUCUUCGCGCCGGACUUCCAAUUGCAUCCAGAAAUCAAUAGCACAAAUAACGCGAACAGCAAGCAGUAUUUGGAAGCGAUCUCUAAACACGUGUACGACAACCUCAAGAUGUGCCAGCACUCGCCUGCUGUGCAAAUGACGCAUGUACCAGGCGACUUCUUCCCCGAAGAGUAUAGGAUAAAGGACGAACCUGACCCAGACGUGAGGAUCAGUCAAGAGGAGGCAGACAAAAUGGUUGACGCUAAGAACGAGUUUUAUGAGGACGAAAAGGACAAUGAUAAGGAACCAGUGGUCGAGAACAAGGAUCCAUAGCAUACAAAUGGCCUGACUGACCCACUGGCCAUAUGACAAGAAAAGGGUUACAGAAGAUACAGAAAAAAGUUUCUGUGAGUGAGUGAUUCAGAGUGAAUGAAUGACACAAGUGAUUUAGUUCAAUUAUUUUGACAGUUAGUGACUGUUCGUUUUUUUUUUUAAUUGUUUGCUGUCUAUGGUGUUUUAACCCUUCUCUUGCAGUUUUUUUUUUUUAUAUUUUGGUGAUUUUUGGACAUGAAUUAUGAUUUGACAAUGAUUAUUAGACAAAUAAUUUAUUAAUAUGUAUUCAUCAAAUAUAUUUACUACACAAAUCUAGUAUGUACAGGCUAUAAGAGAAGGGUUGAUGAUUUUUUUCUGAUUCCUGUACAUUGUUGUUAACUUAAUUUCAGACAAGAAUAGUAAUCACAUCAAAACAACUUAAAAUCAAUAAAUAAAAUAUAAUCAGUUUCAACGAGGGAAAGAUAGCUCAAAUUAAGUUGACACCUAAUGUAACUGGCAUCAAUAAUAAUAAUUAAGUAGAUAGAAAAACGCAUUAUAAAAAUUAUUUAUGCAAUGUAGUGUUAGACAUCAAAAUCUACAGUACAGUCAAUAGCGCGUCUUACCCCUGAAACUCCAACUAUAAUAUUUGUAAAUUUUGUUACUGUCCUUCUCUCACUAUAAACUUUCCCACCCAUUAUAGACCUUAUUUCCAAUGUGUAAAUACUGCUUUUGUUUGAACAAAUAUGGUUACAGUAUGCGAUCUUGCUAAAGAGGUUUAACUACCUCGUUGAUCUAGGGGUCUCUGCCUAUCCUUUUUUAUAAGGGGGGAAAAUCAUCCAAUGACUUCUCUCGCUUUGGGUGAGGCUAAAGGGAGUGUCAGACUCUUACUGACUAAAAACCACCCCGUUCCUUCUCCUGCUUUUCGAGCCGAAGCCCCGGUAAACCCGCUAGGUAGUCCACAGCUCUCUGCAUACUCUUACCUUACUUUACUCUAGAAGCGCAGUUGACUGUAUUAAAAUUAGGGAUAGUUACUUAAAUCUUGUAUGGGAUAUGAAAGAAAAUAUUGUGAAAUGUCAUACAAGCAUUUUCUGACGUCAUAUUUAAGUAUUAGCUAUAUAUGUAUUUAGGGCCGAUUUUUCAAUCAACAGUAGAGUAAAAUUGAUAUUGGACAGUUUUUAAUAUAGAAGAACUGUCGACUAUUUAAAGUUAUUCGUCCAAUAAAAUGUAUCUAAUAUCUAAAAAUCGGCCCUUAGAAGAAUAGUGGCCAAGAUAAGUAGGUGCUGAUCAACUGGUAAUUUUAAUUGGAUAUUGCAAAAAAGGUAGUUCAUUAUAGGAUAUAAACUAUAGUAACAAGAAAAACAAUAUAUUCUAGGAUUUCUGAUUUUAUUUUGUAUCGGCCGGCAAACUAGCAAACCGGUCACCUGGGAGGUCCACUACCUAUUUAAAUGUCAAUAGUGUUGCGAUUAGAGCUUGGUGUUUGUGGCGCCACCCAUGGAUACAAAACCACCAAAGGAGUUACAGGUGCAUUGCCGGCCUUUUUAGGGUUAGGGAUUUGGGGAGGAGAGGAAUUUGGCUUCCAGUAACCCGACUCACCUACCGCGAAACAUGAUUCUGAGCUAUAGUGAGUGAGCUGAGUGUUAUACUUUCAGGAGACUUGAUGAAAAUAGUUACUAGUAUCCCUCUUCGGAGAUUACCUAGCGUCAUUUUAACUAUGCCCAGUUGACCAAUGUCUACUUAUUUUGACCUAAGAUGUUAAUUAAUUUGCUAAGUAACAUAUUUUGGUGCCUACAGUGUAGGUUGAAAUUGUGUUUCGUAAACAUAAAAUCAAUAUUAAUAUUUAAUGAGAUCAUUCCUAUUUUUUUAUUAAGGAGUAUGGUGGUUAAGUAUGGUGUUGCCUUAUUCAAAUAAUGUAUUUAAUUCGACAACUUUUUUUUCAAUAAUUUCUUUUAAUUUACAUUUUUUUUUAUCAUCAAAUAUUGUGCAAAUAAUUAAGUUAUAUACCGACAAGGUUUAAAUGAACAGAAUUAUUGUUUAUAAUCAAAUAAUAAUUUAUAUAAAGUUGAGUUAGGUCAGAUCGGAAUGUCCAGAUUGGAGGUGACAAGUUAUUCUGAUGCUUUAAGUUAGUAACUUUGUUUUAUCAAUUAUUUUGGCAUUGUUUAAUAAGUUGUAAAUAUUGUAUAAAUUAUGCCCAAUAAAAUUCUUAUUAUUUUAAAUCAUCA